UGUUUUAUUUGCUCCAUCGCUACAGCACAACAGAUUCUUCAAUUCUCGACGAAAACUCUCCUCUCCUCUCCUCUCCUUUCAAAAUCAAAAUCUAAAAUAUAAACUAUAAACCCUAGAAAACGUGAAUUUAAACUGUUGCAACUUGCAAUCCAUUCUACUCCUUUCCCCAUCGUUCCAAAUUCAUACCACAUCUACUUCAACUCAAAUCAAAAACUGCAAGGUACUUAUCGGAAUGUCUAAUUCAGCUUAUGAGAUUAUGAUUCCGCCGCCGGCGAAGAAAGUUAAACUCAAUGAAAUUGAAAAUGAAGACAGACUCAGUGACUUACCCGACUGCAUUAUCCUUCACAUACUCUCUUUUAUCAAAACCAAACAAGCUGUUCAAACUUGCGUUCUGUCUUCCAGAUGGAAAGAUCUCUGGAAACUUAUUCCUGUUCUUAUAUUCUAUUCUUCCGAUUUUGGAGCUUACAAGAAAUUCACCAGACUCGUGUCUAAGGUUUUAUCUCUUCGCGAUUCCUCUAUCUCACUGCACGCUCUCGAUUUUAAGCGUAGUAAUGAUCGUUUCGAGCCUAACCUCAAAAGGAUUGUAAACUACGCUAUUUCACACAAUGUACAACGGUUAAGACUCUAUUUCAACGGUGACAUUGCACAAAUUCCACCUACCUUAUUUUCAUGUCACACUUUAACAUAUCUUAAGCUUUUUAUUUACCCUGAUCAAGGUCAUAAAACACCAUUUCCAAAAUCUCUUGAUUUGCCGGCGUUAACUUGCUUGAAACUAGGACAUUUUGAAUUUUGCGUUGGCGAUGAUGACCGUGCCGAGCCAUUUUCGAAAUUUAAUAGAUUGAAUAGUUUGUCCAUUUCCAGUUGCACUGUGAGGGGUGGAAAAACCCUUUGCAUAUCAAGUGCGACGCUCGUCAAUUUAACUAUGUAUAAUUACAGAUACAACUUUUACAAGAUUGAGCUAUGUACUCCGAAUCUUUGUACAUUUGUUUUUACUGGUGCUCCUUACCAGAGACUUUUUGGAAGCAAUGUUUCUUCCCUUAAACAUGUAGUUAUUGAUGCGGUAGUCAUUCCAUAUGAUUCAGAGCCUCCUUUGUUUCUUAUUAGUUGGCUGCAAGAGUUUGCUAAUAUAAAAUCAUUGACUGUCACUGCAACUACUCUUCAGGUUCUCUCCUUAUUUCCUGAUCUGUUGAAGAUUAAGCUCCCUUCCUUGAAUAACUUGAAGUCGUUGAAAGUGAAAAUGGAAGAAAUUUCAUAUGGAUUUCGCUUGACACUGAGGGAUGCCAAGUUACGGAAAGCCAAGUCACAGAAAGAGGCUGCUUGGAUACGAAAAGCCUUUAAGGCAGGGUUGGAACCAUCGUCACUGAUACCUGAUGGAGUAGUGGACUUCUUGCUUCAAAAUUCACGCUCUGCAGAAGUUGAUUUUGUAGAUCGGUCAAAGAAACCUCUUGAAUAGAGACAUUUGUAAUUGGUUUUUUUCUUGUUUACUUCUCUUUUUGUGCUUCCCGAGGUUUCUUAGGUUGUGGGCCAUAAUUAAUUAGUGGAUAAAUUACAAGCCUCUUGGGUAAAUAAAUAAAUUUGGCCAUUUAUAUUAUCACAGGAUUGUGUCUAGUCUCAACUUAAGUGGAUGCUUUAUAGCAAGGAUUAUAUUGCUUGUUGGUACUCUUUGAAACUGUGUUUGUGCACGUGUGCGCGUAGCUUCUUUAAUCAUUUGUAGCACGAAUUUGAAAUCUAUUCUAGCUUAUAGUUGGUUCACAGCCUGAUA